AUGACAAAAAACGAGAAAUGUGGCAGUAAAAUGGAUUCUAACGUAACUCAUGUUGGCCCUGCUGACACCAUUGACUUGUUCCACCUAGAUAUGUCUGUCAGGAUUAUUUGUUGGAUUAUUCUUGGACUGACAUUCUUAAUCGGAUUUUUCUGGAAUAUGUUAGUGUGGUAUCCCGUGUAUGCAGCACGGACGCUCCGCACGUCAAUGAAUGCUCUGAUUGUAAAUCUAGCCAUCGUUGACCAGCUGGGAUGCCUCGUGGGUAUACCUAUUUUAGCCAUAAUCCUAGCACCAAGAGAUGUAGUACCGAUACCGGAUGACUUAUGUGAUGUUUAUUUAUUUGUUUUUACGCUAGGGGUAACGGUUCAAUUGUUAACGUUGGUAUCAAUAAGUUUUGAACGUUACCAAGCCAUUUCCCAUCCAUUUGAAAAGAAGAAAACACUAAAGCGAGUACAAGUAAGCUUGUUUGCGGUAUGGAUUGUUGGAAUUUUAGUGGCCAUGGCAUCCCUCGUUAGUAUGCCCGCAACGCCAUUUAUUCUAUUCUGUAAACAAACUCCUUUCCAACUUAGUAGUUAUUACAACCGUUACGUAUUCUAUAUCAUUACUCCAAUUGGAAUAUUUUCAUUAGGUGUGAUCAUAUUCUUCUAUGGGAAAAUAAUAGUUUUGGUAAAUGCCCACGUGAAAAAAACCAACGCAACUCUGAAAAGAAAAAAGAAAUCCAGAGUGUUUCCCAUGGACGCUGAUGAUGCGAUGACUGUUUCACAAGCCAAUCCUACACACAUUGUCGAAUUCGAGAGUGCUAUUCCAAAGGAUUCAAAUGAAGCACAUGCUCAAAAUGAUCGCGCUGAAACGAAAUUAACAAACGAAUCACUGAGAGGAAAAAGUGAUCCAAAUAUAAAACAGAGCUUAAGAACAGAUAUAAAUGAAACGGUGAAUCCAGACCAAGAGAAUAGAUCAUCCGCCGUCAAUCGUGUCAAUCGUUCAAUAAGGUUCUCAUUUGGUGAGUCUAUACAACACUCCGCUUGUGACUUAGGUGUAUUGCAGAAAGAUGGUUUUGGACAUGAAACUAACGCUCACAAUGAUAUUAAUGACAUUGCUCAAAACUCAGAUGGUCAAUCUCUCUCGGAGAUACAUAAUAAAGCACAUCGUCGCUCAAUAGUAACACCACCCGCAAAAGGUACAACACCAAUAUCCAUAUUAAAAGGACAUCAACGAGCGUUCAAAUCAUUCGAUGCGAACCCGGGGGCACACAAUUCAUUAGCAAUAAGCACUCAGAAAAUGAGCCAUCGACACUCAUCACCCGCUGCCCUUUGCCAGCUCCAAAAGAGAAACAAUUCAAUACAUAUAAUAAGUGAGAGUAAUCACGUCCAACGACUGUCACUUAAUACAUCGAUCAACUCCAGGGUAAAACGGAUCUCAGUGAUACAGAAUGUAUUGAGAAAAUGGAAAGAUACAAAUAGCCAAGCAGAUAUUACUGAUACAAUCUCAGAAAACUCUCCUGAAAAGUUACCAUUAGACCUCAUAGCUGUUAAAAUAUCAGAUGUUAAAAACGAAGAGAGUGAAACCAAAGGCGCUGAAGACGCACUGCAUAGUGCUAUCAUAAAUGCUGAUAAUAACGGCGCCUCAGGUCGAUUAGUUGAGGUAGUCGGGAUGGAUGGUGACAAAACGAUGGCAACAACAAACAGGGCCGAAAUUGUUGGUGCCAUUUGUGUUUUCAAUCCCAAAAAUAAAGAGAGGGGUAAAAGAAAGCUGGAAGCAAGCGCUGCUAAAAGAGCUUUCUUUAUCAUCUGCUCGUAUAUCUUAUGCUGGUUACCGCAUCCCCUAAUCAACUUUAUCUUUAUGCAACCUACCAAGAACAAUAUAGGAAUCGUCAAUAACUUACAGAUGUUAACAAUUUGUUUGUUGCUGAUGACGGUGGCAUUAAACCCACUACUUUACGGUCUGAUUAAUGAACAAUUUAAAAAAGAAUAUAGAAAAAUUCUCAAUAAGUUAAAAUUACAUUGCAGUAGUGAGAGACUGUCAGUUGAAUAGAAAUGAUGAUAUGGUUUCGACAUUGAAUAUUAUUGGUUAUGCGAUUAUGUCUGAGAUAGAUCAAUAUGAAUCUAUUAAAGGAAUGACUGAUAACAUAUCUGAAAGAUUGGAUCGUAAACCGAAUAUGCUCAAGUUAAUGUCAAUGAACCAGAAUAAUUCCUUUCAUUAAACCGAAUUCUAUAAAUCAGAUUAACAAUUUCUGAGAUUUUAUACGGCGAUGACGUCCGUAGAACC